CUCCAUUAUUUGGAUGUGCUUCCUAAUGAAAGUAAUUGGACUAUGGAUAGCGACUAAUAAAGCCGAAAAGUUGCGUCGGAAUUUUGCUUUGAUUUAUACACUUUUCGCAUUGCUUACUGCCACCUGUAUCGGGGUAAGAGAUCUGUAUUUCUCGUGGGGCAACUUUAAUGAUUGCGUCUACAUAUUGUGCAACAUUCUGUACUUGCUAGUCGGUUUCUUCAAGGUAGUACUUUUGUACGUACACAGACAGAAGUUCUACGAUUUAGUUAUGUCUGCGGAACGGAACUUCAUAAGUCCAGGAAACGAUCGUCAAGAGCAGAAAAUUUUAAUGGAUUGCAAAAGAUUGUGCGACACGUUCAUCUUUUUCAUUACGUUUUGUGUACAAGGUACUUGCGCUGGUUAUGCUCUCACGCCUAUCUUAGAAAAUAUUGGAAAGGACGAAUCCGAAAGGCUCUUACCAUUUAACUUGUGGAUUGACUUUCCCACUUCAAUAUCGCCUUACUUCGAAGUGUGUUUCACUAUACAGGCUGACGAGUUUGAGCAACAUAAUUGAGAAGCAGAUAGACGGUCAAGAUUUGGAUGCGUGCCUGUU